AAAAUACUUUCACAUUAUUUUUAAAUUAUUUUGCGAUAAGCAAAAGAUUCAAUCAAAAACUAAAUAAUCAAAGAUAUAUUUUGUUAACAAAAGUUUAUAAAAGAAUACUGCAAGUUCUUAAAAAUGAGUCAAGCAUAAAAACUUAUACUAGUUUUUUUAUUUGUUGGAGUUGCUCUAGGUAAUAUCUCAAACGAAGCACCUUAUUCCACUAAAAUUGGUAAUCAAACUAUUGAGUAAACUACUUAUUACUUUACUUAGAAGGUUGAUCAUUUUGAUCCUUCCAGCACUGAUACUUACAAUUAAAGAUUCACUGUUUAUAGUGAAGCAUUUAAUCCUGCUAACGGAACUGUUUUUAUCUUUAUUGGUGGUGAAGGACCUUAAUAAGGUUUAACUACUGGCUCUGGAUGGUAUAUGCUUGUUGCAUAAUAAUUUAGUGCUAUGGUAAUUUGUGUUGAACAUCGUUUUUAUGGUGUUUCAUAGCCUUUUGGAUAAGGAUAAGAUGCUUGGACUGUUGAUCAUUUAAAAUUCUUGACAGUAGACUAAAGUCUUGCUGAUCUUGCUUACUUCAUCAGCUAUAUCAAGGCUAAUAACUUUUUAAGAAUUAAUGACAGAAAUCCCUUCAUAACUGUUGGUGGUUCUUAUCCUGGUGCUAUGAGUGCUUGGUUUAGAUAUAAAUAUCCUCAUUUAACAAUUGGUGCCCAUGCUUCAAGUGCUGUUGUUAACGCUAUCAUGGAUUUCUAGCAAUAUGAUUAUUAGAUCUAUACCAGUACUUCUCUCAGUGGUCCUGAAUGUCCCAUAAAAAUUUAAAAGUUUAACGAAAUCGUUGAAGAAAUUCUUACCCAAAAUGGUGAAGCUGCUUAAAAUUUGAAAACCCUCUUCAAAGCUCAAAAUCUAUAAAAUGAUGACUUUUUAUCAUACUUUGGUGAUCUCUGGGCAGGUAUGGUCCAAUAUGGUAAGCGUACAGUUCUUUGCGAUCUUUUUGCUCCUGAUACUUUUGGUGAAUAACUUAAAUUAGUUGUUGACUACGCUAUUACUUAAGGAAACUAACCUGUAGAUGGAUACGAUACCUAAUCUCUAACAAACACUACUUAUGUUGCAAAUGAGUCUGGUCGUUAAUGGACUUGGUAAGUUUGCACUUACUUUGGAUGGUUCUAAUCUGCUAACUAAGUAUAACCCAUGAGAAGUAGAACAGUCAACCUUCAAUUUUACUAAAAUCAAUGUAAUGUAGCCUUCUAAAAUUUCUAAAAUUUCCCUAAGUCUGAUUUGGUCAAUACAUUUUACGGUGGAGCUAAUCUUUAGGCCUUUAACAUAGUUUUCACUAAUGGUGUUGAAGAUGAAUGGUAAUGGGCUAGUAUCCGUUAUCCAUAAGGUAAUAUGGAUGCCAUUAUUAGCAAUUGCACUGAUUGUGGUCAUUGUGUUGAAUUCAGAUAUCCCAAACCUGAAGAUAGCCCAUAAUUACAAUAGACCAGAGCUUCCUUAAUUUAACACUACACUAAGUGGAUUACCGAAUUCCGUAAUAAUCAAAAUGAUAACGAUAAUUCUAACUUUAUUGAAAAAAUGCUCAAGGUUAUUAGAAAAUGA